UUAAGGACGCUCUUCGCGAGCGGUACCCAGAGGCAAAGUCGAGACAAGCCCGGGAGCCCCCACCCCCCGCCCGCGUUUCCUGGGGACGCGGCCUCGGAGGGCUUCUCGGAGGAGGCGGCGGCCUUGGCCUCGGGCCUGCUGGGGGCAGGAAGGGAGGCCGACUCCCUCGGCCGCCCGCCGAGCCCAGCCACCGGUCCCGAGGCUGGCUAAAGAGCAUCCUGUCGCUGAUCUGCCUGCUCCUCUGCACCCUGGUGAUGGCAGCCAUUCUCCUGACCACGAGACCCAAGGUGCCAGUAUCUUUUGAGGAUGUGUCCGUGUACUUCACAAAGACAGAAUGGAAGCUUCUGGACCUCAGACAAAAGGUCCUCUACAAGCGGGUGAUGCUGGAGAACUAUAGCCAUUUGGUGUCACUGGGAUUUUCCUUCUCCAAGCCUCACCUGAUCUCCCAAUUGGAACGAGGGGAAGGACCUUGGGUAGCAGACAUCCCCAGAACCUGGGCCACCGCAGGAUUGCACAUAGGUGACAGAACACAGAGCAAGACGUCGACUUCAACGCAGAAGCAUUCUGGACGACAACUCCCCGGGGCCGAUCCACAAGGUGGCAAGGAGGGGCAGGCGGCGAGGUCGUCUGUGCUCCAGAGAGGUGCCCAGGGCUUGGGGCAGAGCUUGGCCGCGGGGCCGCAGGGCCCCAAAGGCGCGGAGAAGCGGUACCUGUGCCAGCAGUGCGGCAAGACCUUCAGCCGUAGCUCCAACCUCAUCAAGCACCGCAUCAUCCACAGCGGCGAGAAGCCUUACGCGUGCCCCGAGUGCGGCAAACUGUUUCGCCGCAGCUUCGCGCUCCUGGAGCACCAGCGCAUCCACAGCGGCGAGAAGCCCUACGCCUGCCCCGAGUGCAGCAAGACCUUCACGCGCAGCUCCAACCUCAUCAAGCACCAGGUCAUCCACAGCGGCGAACGGCCCUUCGCCUGCGGCGACUGCGGCAAACUGUUCCGCCGCAGCUUCGCGCUCCUGGAGCACGCGCGCGUGCACAGCGGCGAGCGGCCCUACGCGUGCCCGGAGUGCGGCAAGGCCUUCAGCCGCAGCUCCAACCUCAUCGAGCACCAGCGCACGCACCGCGGCGAGAAGCCCUACGCCUGCGGCCAGUGCGCCAAGGCCUUCAAGGGCGUCUCGCAGCUCAUCCACCACCAGCGCAGCCACAGCGGCGAGCGGCCCUUCGCGUGCCGCGAGUGCGGCAAGGCCUUCCGUGGCCGUUCGGGCCUCAGCCAGCACCGGCGCGUGCACAGCGGUGAGAAGCCCUACGAGUGCAGCGACUGCGGCAAGGCCUUCGGCCGGCGCGCCAACCUAUUCAAGCACCAGGCAGUGCACGGCGCCAGGCGCCCUGCGAAGGCGGAGACGGCGCGGCGGCGAGCGGGCCCUGGGAGCACCGGCCCUGGGAGCACGGUGGCGGCCACCAGCCCUCCGCGGCCGAGCGCGGCCGCCAGGCCUUCCAGGCCCAGCCGCCGCUGACUCCCCACCAGCGCACCCAGGGCGCGGCGGGUCUGCGUGGGGGGCCUUCCAGAGGACGUCGAGGCUCAGCCCUCUUCAGGUGGGAAGACUGCCCUCCCAGGGCCUCGAUUGCGGCCACAGCCCUGACCUCUUUGGCCAUCAGAAGACCCCAGGCAGAGCCUCACCCUGAGGCUGAGAAACGCAGGAAGGACUCAGAACCGAGGACUGCCGCCUGCCCUGGCUCCUCCAUCGACGGCAGUGCGGGCUGGGAAUGGAGGCCCUCUACUCCCUCCUGAGCCCUGGGCCUUGCAACUGAGGCAUAGAGACGGCACCUGGGCCACUCGUCCCCGAGCCACAGGUACUAUCGUGUGUGCACAGGCGUGUGUGGAGGGGAUGCGUGAACCAUCCCUCGGAUUUGCAUCAG